AAAUAAAUAUAUAUAGAAACAUAGUAAUUAAUGAUGGUUACCAGACAAAAUGAGUUAUAAAAAAAUUGGUUAUUAUUUGUCAAUGGGAAACAGAGUCAUCUAAUCUCUUAUAGUUUACGGCAAUUUAAGAAAACUGUCAUGUUAGUAGUAUUUAAUUAGAUUACGUAUGCAAAAAUAAUGCAGUAGAAAGCAAUAUUAAAGUGUUCAGGAAGGCAAAUUGAAAGAAGAUUUGAAGAUAAUAUGGCUACAAUACAGCCAAUUUCUAACGGAAUCAUCAAUGGAUUCACGAAAAAGGAAAAGAUUAUGACCAUGGAUGUUGAUCAGUAUCUUAAACCAAGUGAAACGGGACUAGAUGGUCCCGAUCAAGUUUUAUAUUCAGAAGUGGAUUCAACAACUGAACCCGAUGGACGUACAAGAAUCAAAGUCGAAAAAAAUAGUUCAAUUGAGGCUAUUUCAGUUCCUGGACUUUUAACAAGAAUAGCCAGAGCUUAUCCUGAGCAUACUGCUCUUGUCUCGAGACCUGAACCGAGUGGCAAAAAAAUUAGUUAUACAUACAAAGAAUACGAAAACGAAGUGAGAACAGUGGCCAAAGCAUUUAUAAAAUUAGGUUUGGAAAAGCAUCAUAGCGUUUGUAUUUUAGGAUUUAAUAGUCCCCAAUGGUUCAUAGCCGAUGUUGCUGCGAUUUAUGCUGGAGGGUUUGCUGCAGGAAUCUACACAACAAACUCCCCCGAAGCAUGUCAAUAUUGUGCCGAAAGUAGUCGAGCAAAUAUAAUUGUAGUCGAAGACGCUAAACAAUUGGAAAAAAUUUUAGAAAUUAAAAAGAACCUUCCAAAUUUGAAAGCAAUUAUCCAAUACGAGGGAAUAGUCAAGGAUAAAAGUGUACUAAGUUGGCGCGACCUUAUCGAAAUAGGAAAAAAGGAGUCUGACGAUAAAUUGGAAUCAAUUCUUCGUACUAUGGGAGUAAACGAAUGUUGUACCUUAGUUUAUACGUCGGGAACAGUUGGAAAUCCAAAGGCUGUAAUGUUGAGCCAUGACAAUCUUUUGUAUGACGCUCGGAUGAUUAUUGACUCUAUCAAGGCAAAAAAUUGUUCUGAAGUAAUUGUGAGCUUUUUGCCUUUAUCUCACGUUGCAGCUCAGUUGGUGGACAUUUUCUCAAGUAUGAUGAUCGGUGCUACAGUGUAUUUCGCCGACAAAAAUGCCCUAAAGGGCAGUUUAGUGAAUACUUUGGUGGAAGCGCGGCCUACAAUUUUCCUCGGCGUUCCAAGAGUGUGGGAAAAGAUUUACGAGAAAAUGCAAUUGGUCGCUCGCAAUAAUGGUCCGAUAAAAAGUUGGAUUGCAGGCUGGGCAAAAUCACAGGGACUUUUUUACAAUAUGAACAAAAUGAAUGGUGUCGAUUACAGACACUGGGGCUAUUUAUUCGCCAAAUGGCUUGUCUUCAAUAAGGUGAAGGCGGCAUUGGGCUUUGAUAGAUGCAAUCUUUUUGUCACCGCUGCCGCACCUCUUGGCAACGAAGUGAAAAAGUACUUUAUGAGCCUCGAUAUUCCAAUUCUCGAAGCUUACGGAAUGUCCGAGUCAAGCGGCGCUCACGCCUUGAGUCUCAACGAUCGUUAUAGAUUGGGAAGUGUUGGUCCCACUCUCAAGACAUUUAAGACGAAACUAGAUAAUUUAGAUAAUACUGGCGAAGGAGAAAUUUGCAUGGGCGGUCGUCAUGUAUUCAUGGGGUACUUAAACGAUGCUGAGAAGACACGAGAGGCAAAGGAUGAAAAAGGAUGGUUACACAGUGGCGAUUUGGGAAGAAUAGAUGGCAAUGGAUUCCUCUAUGUCACAGGGAGAAUAAAGGAACUUAUAAUAACUGCUGGUGGUGAGAAUGUGCCUCCAAUUCACAUUGAACAUUUAGUGCUAGCCGAAUUACCAGCGUUGAGUAAUGCCAUGUUAAUUGGUGACAGAAGAAAAUACCUGACAAUUCUAGUCACGUUAAAGACUGAAAUGAAUGUUGACACAGGAGAACCUCUAGACACAUUGUUGCCUGAUACAAAAGCGUGGCUUAAAUCAAUCGGAAGUAAAGCAACAACGCUUUCAAAUAUAUUAGAAACUCGUGAUCCACUGGUAUUCAAAGAAAUAGAAAAAGCUAUAGAAAGAGCCAAUGAAAAAGCGACGAGUAAUGCUCAGAAAGUGCAAAAAUUCCAAUUAUUACCACACGAUUUUUCCGUUCCAACUGGUGAAUUAGGGCCAACGUUGAAAGUCAGACGAAAUAUAGUUCAAAAAAUCUAUUCAAAUUUGAUAGAAGAAAUGUAUAAUUAAUUCAAUUUUAUUAUUCUUUAAAAAAACGGAUAAAUUUGAAAAUUGAUAAAAUCAAGUAAUAGAUAUAUAAAAAAUAUUUGCCGGGUUCCAGUAAAA